AUGGAACAGGAGAAAUAUCUGCCUGAGCUGAUGGCAGAGAAAGAUAGCUUGGAUCCAUCCUUCGUGCAUGCAACGCGCCUCCUGGCCGAAGAAAUUGAAAAGUUUCAGGGUUCUGAAGGGAAAAAGGAUGAUGAAGAAAAGAAAUAUCUUGAUGUCAUCAGCAACAAAAACAUAAAACUGUCAGAGCGAGUACUGAUUCCUGUCAAACAGUAUCCAAAGUUCAAUUUUGUGGGGAAAUUACUCGGACCAAGAGGAAACUCCUUGAAGAGGCUACAGGAAGAGACAGGUGCUAAAAUGUCUAUCCUGGGGAAAGGAUCAAUGAGAGAUAAAACAAAGGAAGAAGAACUAAGGAAGAGUGGGGAAGCCAAAUAUGCCCACUUGAGUGAUGAACUUCAUGUGUUAAUCGAAGUCUUUGCUCCACCUGGGGAAGCUUAUUCACGUAUGAGUCAUGCGUUGGAAGAGAUUAAAAAGUUCCUUGUUCCAGAUUACAAUGAUGAAAUUCGCCAGGAACAAUUGCGUGAGUUAUCUUAUUUGAAUGGCUCAGAGGACUCAAGUCGUGGGAGAGGUAUUAGAGGAAGAGGAAUCCGAGUCCCUCCUACAGCUACUUCAAGGGGCCGUGGUGGUGCAAUUCCUCCUCCCCCACCACCUGGAAGAGGUGUACCAGCACCCAGGGGGACAACAGUGACACGUGGCGCUCUUCCAGUACCCCCAGUAGCAAGAGGGGUUCCGACUCCUAGAGCAAGGGGAGUUCCAGCUGUUCCAGGAUACCGGCCACCCCCUCCCCCAGCCCAUGAAGCCUAUGAAGAAUAUCCUAUUAUUAGCAUGGGGACAUUCUUUAACACAGUAGCAAAAAAUUAUGGAGGAUAUGAUGAUGGCUAUGGGGGUGAAUAUGAUGACCAGAGCUAUGAAGCCUAUGACAGCAGCUACGCAACCCAAACACAAAGUGUGCCUGAAUAUUAUGACUAUGGUCAUGGAACAAGCGAAGACACCUAUGACAGUUACGCACAAGAAGAAUGGGCCCCAACCCGUUCCAGCCUAAAGGCACCACCACCAAGGGCAGCCAGAGGGGGAUACAGGGAACACCCCUAUGGUAGAUAUUGA